UCUUCUCUCUCUUCAUCCUUCUCUCUCUCCUUGAUGACGGUUGCGUUGCCUCUCCUCAACGGCUGUACCUCGUAUCGGUGCUCGGUGUUUGCUUAUAUCGGAGCCGGAGGAGCCUCGACUGCUUCCGCCUCCCUCUCCCUCUUCACUCCAGGCUACUCCUGACUUGCCGCCACUGCAUCUUUGGCUCACAUGAAGUGAAAAAGGGUUGGUUGUGCUUCGACUGUUCGUGAUCGUGAUAUAGUAUAGCAGACCCCUUAAUCAUGUGUUAUAGUUUUCUGUAAACUGUGAUUAAAUCUUCAGAUGCUGAAAUAUUGUGUCGGUGGGAGCUCGUUUCUGUGGAGGAGUUGAAGCUAUUCGGCUAGCUAUUUGUCUUCCUGCAUUAAUGCAGGUCAUGGCAGGAAAGAAAAUUAUAGCCAUUUGUCAAUCGGGUGGGCAAUUUGAAACUGACAAGGAUGGUUUUCUAUCAUAUCGUGGCGGCGAUGCUCACGCAAUAGAUAUCGAUGAAGGAAUGCAGUUUACAGACUUCAAGACUGAAGUAGCAGAGAUGUUUAACUUCAGUAUCAGCUCGAUGUCCAUGAGGUACUUCCUUCCUGGCAACAAGAAGACGCUGAUCACCAUCUCCAAUGAUAAGGACUUGCAGCGAAUGAUCAAAUUCCUCGGGAACUCCGACACGGUUGACGUUUACGUCACGAUGGAGGAAGUUGCGGCCUUGGAGGUCUCUAACAUGCCUGCCAGUAGGUCCAGCAGGACGACUGUGUCAGAGGCAGUGGUCUCCGUUGAUGCUGCAUCUCUUGACGUGAUAGUUGAUACAACCAAUCCCGACAUGUCGCUCGUUGCCCCGCUUGAUGUAAUGGAUGACACAGGCCAUGUGGAGGCCCACAUGGAUGACAUUCCUGUUGACAUUUCGCCCAUCCUCUCCGCCAUGAACGGCUCCACACUCGCCUCCUCAAGUGAGAAGCACGCAAAGGGGGCCCAGCAGUGGCAGAGUGCGAUCACAGGGGAGGGCCAGAGGUUCAGCAGCGUGGGGGAGUUCCGUGAGGCUCUGCGGAAGUAUGCAAUUGCCCAUCAGUUUGCUUUUCGUUACAAGAAGAACGACAGUCAUCGGGUGACCGUCAAGUGCAAAGCUGAGGGCUGUCCAUGGAGGAUCCAUGCAUCUAAGCUAGCGACUACUCAAUUAAUUUGCAUAAAAAAGAUGACUCCGACUCAUACCUGUGAAGGGAAUGUUUCAACAUCGGGUCACCAGGCGACAAGGAGCUGGGUUGCGAGCAUUAUAAAGGAGAAGCUCCGGGUGUUCCCUAACUACAAGCCAAAGGAUAUCGUGAACGAUAUCAAGCAGGAGUAUGGGAUACAACUGAAUUACUUCCAAGCAUGGCGGGGCAAGGAGAUUGCAAAGGAGCAGCUUCAGGGCUCGUACAAGGAAGCAUACAGUCAGCUGCCCCUGUUCUGCGAGAAGAUCAUGGAAACCAACCCGGGGAGCCUCGCUACCUUUACGACCAAGGAGGACUCGAGCUUCCACCGGCUCUUUGUUUCAUUCCAUGCUUCACUCAGUGGGUUCCGACAAGGCUGCAGGCCUCUGCUGUUCCUCGACAGCACGCCUGUUAAGUCAAAGUACCAGGGAAUGCUAUUAGCUGCAACAGCCGCUGAUGCAGAUGAUGAUGUGUUCCCUAUUGCUUUUGCUGUGGUUGAUUCAGAGACGGAUGAGAAUUGGCACUGGUUUUUGGUUCAGCUGAAGUCGGCUCUUUCAACUUCAGUCCCAAUAACUUUCGUCGCUGAUCGACUGAAGGGGCUGAGGGAAUCUAUUGCAGAGGUAUUCUUCAAAGGGUCAUACCAUGCGUACUGCCUCAGGUAUCUUACGGAGCAGCUCAUUCGGGACCUGAAGGGUCAGUUCUCUCAUGAGGUUAAGCGUUUAAUGGUUGAAGAUUUAUAUGCUGCUGCUUACGCCCCAAGGGCAGAGGGCUUCCAGCAGUACAUUGAGAGCAUCAAGAGCAUCUCCCCCGAGGCAUACCACUGGAUCCUCCAGAGUGAGCCCCAGAACUGGGCCAAUGCAUUCUUCCAGGGUGCGAGAUACAAUCACAUGACCUCAAACUUUGGAGAGCUUUUCUAUAGCUGGGUAUCGGAUGCGCAUGAGCUCCCGAUUACUCAGAUGGUGGAUGUGGUCCGUGGCAAGAUGAUGGAGCUGAUUUACGACCGCCAUACGAGCUCCGCGCAGUGGGUGACAAAACUCACGCCCUCCAUGGAAGAGAAGCUUGAGAAGGAGAGCCUCAAUGUCCGUGAUCAUCACGUGCUUUUAUCAGCAGGGAGCAUUUUUGAGGUCCGUGGGGAGUCCAGCGAGAUGGUCGACAUGGACAGAUGGGACUGUAGCUGUAAAGGGUGGCAGCUCACGGGCUUGCCUUGCUGUCAUGCGCUUGCUGUGGUUGGCUGCAUAGGGAGGAGCCCUUACGACUACUGUUCCCGGUACCUUACAGCCGAGAGUUAUAAGCUGACUUAUGCUGAGUCUAUAAACCCUAUCCCGAGCAUAGAGAGACCACUCUCUCUGAAGAAGGGCUCGCAGGUUGCUACUAUGACUGUGACUCCUCCUCCAACUCGGCGCCCACCUGGCCGGCCCACUACAAAGAAGUCUGCAUCACAGGAGCUGGUCAAACGUCAGCUCCAGUGCAGCAGAUGCAAGGGCCUCGGGCACAAUAAGUCUACUUGCAAGGAGUUCCUUUGAAUGACUCGACCGGCAGCAGGGAAUCAACACCAAAAUACCAACUGCGGAGUCUGGCACUGAUCUUUCCAGUCUUGUAGAUAAGAUAUAUUAGGAGGCCGUGCUGUGAUUAAUAAAUGUGGCCCGAGGAUACCUUAGUCGACAUAGAUAGUCUGGUGUCUCAUGCUUUUUGAGUUGCAUUUCCGACUCCAUCCUCGAUGUGGCCAUGUAGAAUUUAUUUUGGGGAAGCUUUCAUUAGUUAAGGUCAUUGGAUUCUUUAACCGCAA